CGAACCCCACCCCGGUACUGCCCACCGUGCAAACACUUGAAUAAUGUCGUGAUUUCCCCGCGAUCAAACAUGUGCCAGCGGCUCAAAGUGCUGCCAAAUGUUCCCUGCGCGUCUCAGCACAAUCGCGGCUCCUGAAUUUAGUGGCGGGCGACGACCACCCAAAACAGAGCCAUUUUUAGACGUUUACUGCUGACGUUUACACGGGCUUCAAAUAGCUUCCGUUUUACACUGGUAGUGAUUGGACUGCUCUCUACUUACCCACUGAGCUAAUGCACUGAGCUGAGCGAGUCUCCACACUUCAAUGGAGGAUCAGCCCAGAGAUCGGGCACAAGACAGACACUACCAGCAGCGCGGGGAGGACAGACACUCGACCCAUCGCACAGCCGCUCUGAAAAAUGAUCAGAGCCACUUCCAGCGCCAGCAUCAGGAAACGCAGACGAAGAAAACAGGCAAUAAAAAAGUAAACAUCGGUGACGCGGAGGGGGAGAAGAUUACACAUCUGUCUGAUACUGUUGGUAUGUCACACCCCCCCAACAGCAAUGGUAACAGAUACAUCAGCGGUGCAAAUGUGAAGCAGAAGUCGACGCAAAAGCUGUACACAACUGUCCCAAAAUUGAGCAGCAAAGGGUUGGACCAUAAGAAGAAUAUGGACCUUAAAAAUGACAAGGCCUUGGAUUUGAAUCAUCACGAGGGCCAACCUUUGGAUAAGAAAGACUCUUUGUUGCUUCAGAAUGGCGUUGCAAACUGUGGCUUAAUUACAAAUGGCUAUUCGACCAAGGACAAUGAUGGAAGCGGUUCAGAAGGUGGAUAUACUACUCCGAAGAAACGCAAGGCCAGAUGUAACAAUGCCAAGAACACUGAUAAUGUGAUAAAAGACAAGGAGAAAGACAUGCAGCAGGGCGACACUACGCAGGAGUCUGGGGAAUUUGAUUUCGAGACAACUGAGAAGGGAGUGGCUUCUAGACUUGAUGGCUUUAGAGCCGCCCACAAAGUAGAAGCUCAGUCAGCAGCGAGACGCGCCGCUGUGUCCGAGGCUUCAGUGGGUGAAUCUCAGAGGAAAAGCUCUGACGGCAAAACAGUCAGCACGUUUGGUAAAAAGAGCGAGGACAGGCACAAGGCCAAGCUUUCCUCACCUUCAAAAGAGGACUCCUGGACUUUAUUCAAGCCCCCUCCAGUAUUUCCUGUGGACAAUAGCAGUGCUAAAAUUGUUCCCAAGAUCAGUUAUGCAAGUAAAGUAAAAGAGAACCUCAACAAAGUAGCUCAAGGUGGAGGAGAGGCACUGCCUCCUCCCGUUAGACUGUCACAGGUCCCUAUGUCUGCUUUGAAAACUAUCACCUCAUCUAGCUUUACUAAUGGUCCUGUUUCUGGAAAUGGAAACGGCUGCCCAUCAGUGGGUACCUUCUUUGCUCCUGCUGCUAGUAGUAUCCCACCAGCCCAAACUAUCCCAAGUGGCGAGAAUGUAGCAUCUCCUUUAGAAAGUAACUGUAGCUCUACAACCAGUCCUGUAGAUGGAGAAGCAUAUGAGCUUAGAAAGUGUACUCUUUUAAUUUACCCUUUAAAUAUGCAACCUGUGCUCCCUAGUGCUCGUCACCUUGACCCACCGGCUGCUCAGACAAAUCAGAAAGCCUUGGGAGACAUCUUCCAGAAUCAGUGGGGGCUUUCCUUCAUCAACGAGCCCAACUUGGGGCCAGACGGAGGGAGUGGGCAGGUGCCCGCAGAGGACAAGGCAACUGUGGUCACACCUCAAAUCGAGCGUCAGGCCAGUGCAGCCAAGGUUGCCCAGCCCUGCUUUGACAUUAGCCCAUCCUUCUUAGAGCCCGGCACUUUGGCUCAAGACCCCGAGAAAAGGACUUGUGCCCCUUGCAAUGUGUCUAAUGCUUGUUUUCCUGCUUGUGUGACGAGCGACGAGGAGAACAAGUUGCAGCCAUGUGGCCAGGAAAAGACAAAACCCGAGGCCAAGGGUGCAGGUUCUGCUGCGCCAGCCCCCGGUAAAGACAAUGGUGCUAAGCCUGCACAGGGCCAGCUAACCACUUUGCUGUUUGGCUCCUCUAAAGAACAGGCCCACUCUAAAGACAUUGGCAGGAGGUCUUGCUGGGGGCCCUUUGACAUUAAAGCUGCUGUCACUUAUCACACUAAAGAAAUGGAAUCCAUUUUCAACUUGCAAAAACAAGAUCCAAAAAGAGUAGUGGUUUAUGAUGAAACCAAGGAUGGACCUGAUCAGUGAGGUAGACUUUCUCUUCUGGGUGCUGCAGUUAUCUACCUUGGAAAUCAUAAAUCCUCUUGGAUAGAUAAAGUGACAACUGUGAAAACAUUGAUCGUUUAGCAUGACACAUUUUCCUUGGAAUCUCGGGCGGAAAAACAGACUCUUUCUUUUGUGGGUAUCAGACAAACAAACAAACACACACAGACAAACACUCUGGAGGGACGUUAAAGGAGCUGAUCGGUGCCUCUCCAACAUGAUGAAUGGACACAAGCAUCUUGAAGCUGUUUGUCUCAUGGCUCUUUAAGGAAGAUGUUCAGGAGUUCAACAAAGGAAGGUGUCCAGGACGGCGCCUCCCUUAGCCUUUAUCCUGUCGAACUGCGGCAGCCGCCAGUCUGACUGUGGGAUGCCUCAGUCAUUUUAUUCUUUCUUCACGCGUUCAAAUGAGUUCAUUGUAGAUAUGUUAGACGUUAUACAUACACAUCCGUGUGCAAGCUUGAAUUCAUUGUGAACGAAAAGGAAAACACACUUUGCAAAGAAUGCCUUGAAGUUGUGGAGCAAGAAUCGUGGGAGUCCCGUUAAACUGUAAGUUCAGUGACAGCUCGUAGGUGAGGCCCCAUCCAGGAAGGGAGAACCUUGUCUUAAAAUCCUUUACGGGGAAGUUAAGAGCCCAGAAAAUAAACGCUUGCUCUUUUUCUUUCUUUUAUACUGUUUGGUCUGACGUAACAUGAGUGUUAUCUGCACUGCAGUAUGAUCCCUGAGCACAGGUACAAAAAGUGCCCAAGUUGAAGUAAAAGUCUAGCCCCUUCAUUUCACUGUUUAUUACAGGUUUUACUAAAGAUUAAAAUAUAAACCGGUCUCCAUCAAAGACGAAACCUUUUUUUUUUUUAUCUUUGAGCUUCUCGUACAUUUCAUGUAGAUUGUUAUCAGGUCAGUGCAGACUGUUCUUAAAUUCAGACUCGUAUACCUGAUUAUAUGUGCAGUCUCAGUUUAGGAAUAAACUGGUUGACGAACUGUAAAGUGAGAAACAUUUCUUCCAACAAAGUCUCCUGCGUUUUGUGCUGUUUGUUCAGCAGCAAGACUCAGGAUAUCCAUACACAUGAUUUUUGCCUGUUUCUGUCUAGUUCAGCUCUCGUCAAAGGAACACGUGUUGAAUUUUAUGACUUGGGAAUUUUGUUUAUGUUUCCCUGACUCAGCGUUUUGUCUUUACUUUUCAGUCUUAUGGCAUUGUAUUUCUUGCAUGUUUACUGGUGGAAAUGAAUGAGUCAGAGGUCACUGUUCAUCGCCACACUAAGAUUACAGUAACACAACAACAAUCGCAAUACUAAUCUAGGUUCCCCCUCGACUAGCCACUUUGUCGAACCGUGUUGAAAUGUGAAGAUACGUUGUACUAUUAUGUUUUACUGUAGAUAACCUUUGCAAACCAGUGUGCAAUAACCCCCAUGUGAACCAUUCAUACAAGCAAUGUGUGAUAUGGGUUGUAUGGAGCUAACAAAAAUCACCACCCAAGAUUCUGCUGUGGCCUGCAGUUCAAAAAUGUUCAAGGUGCAUUUUCAUUUUAUUGUACAAGUGAUUUUUUUUUUUUCUAUUCUUUUCUGCAAAAGAGCUCAUGUUGAAAGAUCUAAUUAUGUCUAUGGAGCCCAAAUUUGCUACCAGCUAACUGGCCAGCUGUGACAUCUCUUUCCAUCACCCUCUCCAGAUCAGGAUUGGUUUAUUCUACACAACGAAAGGAACCGUGCAGGUUUCUUAGCUCUAGAAGACAUGAUUUGGUUAAUGUGUGGAUUAAUAGCACUUUAUGUACACUAAUUGCUUUUAUCUUUUAAUUACUAGAGAGAUCUAUAUGUACUGACAAGAAAUACUCCUUGAAAGAAUGGCUUUGGGCUGUUACCUUAAAAAAACAAAACCAAGUUGAUAAAUACAGAAUUAUUAAAUGUAACUCAGGUAGUGUUGAUAAAGCCAUGACUAUGUUAAAUAUUUUUUUUUCUUUUGCCAAAUGGCCCGUUGUGUUAUGUUCUCAUAAUUGGAACAUGUAUGAAUUGGAGUCCGGCUAUAUAGAGUCUCAUGUGAUGUUGUGACAAAACAUCAAAAACGACCUUUUUGAGGCAAACUCGGCAUGCACGGUGCUGUCAUCGAUCAUUGUGGGCUCUAAAAAUGUUCUGUUCCCCUUUAAAGAAGAAAAAAUAAGCACAUUGCUCCAUGCGCUGUUUUAACGUACACUAGUCUGUAACCUUGAUGGUUUGUUUUCUUCCUCGUGUUCAUAGUGAAGCACCUCUUGAUUUGUAUGAUCGCUGAACAUCAGUGGUGGGGUGUUUUUUUUUUGUAGUGGGGGAAAUGCAACAUGGGAAAUUAGCCUCUGGAGUACACUUCUUCCCACUGUGUCCUGAUUAGGCAGCGGCGCAGUUUAUACCUGUGUGCCGAGAGAAAGUCAUAACUGCAGCCGUUGUUUCUUUUUGUUUUUGUACAAGUUGACAUUUAACUUCCAUGUCUAAUCGCAGUCAGCUCUCUGGUAUUUAAAAUGCUUUGUUUAAGGCUUCCACUGUAUAGCGUGUGAUGGAUGAGUAUUAUCAGAUGCUGCCCCCUGAAUGAGAUCUGGCUGAUGAGGACGCCGAGGUGUUUGACAAUUAGCAUUUAGGCUUUAUGUUUUUUGUGCUUGUGGAGAUUGACAUUUAAUCUGGCAUGAAGUCACGCAAAAUGAUUUCAAUUUAAUUUCCUCUGAUUGCCCAUAAUCCACAGACAGUGAUAUAAUCAGGUUACCAUAAUGCCAAAUUGUUCAGUGGACAUUGAUGCAUCUAUAGGCUUCUAAAUGUAAAACAGGGUGAUCGAAAUGAGUCGUACGUGAUGUUACUGUAGUCUUAACGAUGAAUUACUAUUUUUUUUUCCCCUUCUCUUUCUAAACGUUUUUGUUUUCUCGAGAGGAUCGCCCUGCGACAGAGAAAUCAGAGAAUCUCUCGUCCUCCUGCCCCAAGGCUCCUCCUAUUCUCAAGCACUUAUUAUACAGCAAAAAGGCUAUGUCGAAUAUGCAUUUAUAAGAGAUAGAACUAUUAGCGUUGUAGCCUGCAAACCAAAAACAGGUUGUGGAAGCGGAGUAGAUGUGUUAAUCAGUGAUGUGGAUGGAGGGGGUGACUGAUGAGUGACUGACUGAAAGAGCCUGGUGCAUGUGUGGAGCUCCGACUCUCGCCCCCCCCCUCAGGACGUGCAAUCACCUCAAGGACGCUGAAGCGGGCGUCCCGGUUGUGAGUGGCGAGUUUGGCCUCGUUGUUUCAUGGUUGUGUGCAUAGCGAGUUCUUCCUAUUAUAUGCAAGUUCCUCAUAUAUUUUUAACCCCCUGCCCCCCUUCCAUCCCCUCCUGCUGUUUCAUGUUCAGGUGCCUGUGUGAAAAUUAAAAGUACUUUUACAGCAAUUUUGAUUGUUUAAAAUCUGCUUCCAGCAUAUAUCCGUGCCAUUUUUUUCUUCUUUUUCUGUAACAUUUGCAAUGCUGUUUUAAGUUUUCUCACAGCUAAUCCCAAUUUUUUUUUUUUUCAAGUGACAUGGACGCAGCUGAAAGCGAUGAGCAGUUGUGUGUGUGUGUGUGUGUGUGCGUGUUGUAGGUUUUGAAAUUGUCAUGGCUUGUGUUCAGAACUGUGUGACCUAAAGCCAAAAUCAGUUUAGAAUGGGACGGAUGACAGCCGCUCGCUGGUUUGUGCUCAUGCCAGUCUAUUGUCAUUAAGUUCAUGUCUGAAGUAGCACAUAAUUCAUAUGAACUGAUUUAACAAAUUAACGUUUCAACAUGUUUUUUUUUAGCUAUUACCUAAUUUAUCCAUAGAUGCACAAGUAGGAUGAGACUAAAAGGAAUAAAUGACACAGAAAAUCAAGAUGUCUCAUGUUAUUGAUGAGUUUUAGAUGAUUUAGUUAUUGAUUAAGACUGACCUAUCCCCCCCCCAACCCCAUAGCACCAGUGUUAAUAUAUUUGAAGUUUUUAUACAAAUUAAUGCAUUUCUUCAGAUAGUUGUGAUGGAGUGACGAGAAUUGAAACACACUGCAUCCCAGAGUUGCUCUUUUAAUAUAUUUUUAUUCGUUAGUGUUGUUGAUCAUGUUGUGAGGAGGGGGAUGAGGUAUUAACGUGCAUUUCAACAAGCUCUGGAUCUGCUUUCGCCAAAGGUACACUACUCAGAUAUUCAGCUACUGGACGGCAAAUGUUGUUGUUAAUGAUGUCAUAACCAGCUCCCUGACAUCGUGAGGAGGAGUCACUACUGUAGCAGCUGAAUGUCACUUUGAGCGCGUUGUUAUACGGAGUGAGAGGAGAAAUCUCCAACGGAUAAAACAAAUACCGAAAGUGCUGCUUCUUCAUCCAGUAAUCAGUCGUCUGUAAUGGGAAAUGCUGGACUUGGUGUUUGUGCUCGACUUAAAAACUGUCCCUCCUUUAAACUGUCGUUGCCUGUUGUGGAACUGUUUUUCUUUUAGUUUAUUUUUUCUUUGUUGUUUUCAUUCAGUGACACCUUGAGAGGUACAGUGUUUCUGAUCCCACACGUGGACAGUAAACUCGGCCAACGUGUCUUUUCUGAGAGGGGUGACAUGUUGUGCCGACUCAUCUUUUUGUUUUCUUUCUCUGUCAUCUCAAAUGGCUGUCGUGCUUUUUCUUUCUUUCUGUUUUGUCUGCUCCUCCUUUACUCACAUCUGCACCUCUUGUACCCCUAAACUAAGAGGCAAUAGCAUUUCAUUUUCAGAUGUCUUACAGGUCGACCUUCUAAGUGAGCAGUAUGAUUAUUUAAAUUCUUUUUGUUUGAAUUUAACAGAAAUGUCACAUUACAUUGUUCUUUUUUUUUAAGCAUGAUAAUAACAAUCAAAUUCCAAACAAUGUAACAGAGUCAAUAAAAAAAAGAAAACUCCAGUGUUCACAAUUUUAGUUUCCAUUAAAAUGUCAAAUUUUCAUGAAGAA